GUCGAGUCAGCAGGAUCGUAUUUAAGCUCGAAGCGUCCCCGCACACGAAGGUUGAAAGCCAGACCGGAUGUCGCAAAUUGUCAAGUUCUAUCCAUCAACUACAGAAGACCAUGCAAGAGUUCAUCAACGCUCAACCUCUCUUCUUUGUUGUCAGCACCCGAUUAGCAGGUCGUCAUAUUAACCCCCCCCAAAGGGUCAUUCAGCACACUCAUUCGCCAUUUUAAGCGCGAACAUUAUGGCCUAUCUCGACGCCACGAGCUCUGGCUGCGAAACAAUAUCUCACGUGUACGAGAAUGGCCGAGUCACCACCAUGUUCUGCAGCUUCGGUCUCAGCCUAAAAAUCAUGAGGCUAUUCUGCGCGGGCCGUGUUGUGGAGAACGACAAUAACGGUUUCGACGAGCAGAAAACUAAUGUGGAGAGUGACGUCGAAUUGACGGGAAUUCGUGCCAUCAUCUUGCUGGGCAUUUGGAAUGUGCAGACUGCGUUUGGGCUGGAGUGCCUCUUGCUAGACAAGAAGAAAUGCUCGAGAGUGAUCCCGAAAGAGGAAAAGACUUGGAGUCUGGAGGCGAAGGCGCAAACCAUGAUUCCAUGGAUCAUUGAGCGACGAAGAUGACAGAAACGAAAGCACUCUUCUGAUACCAGAGGAAUUCGAAUACAAAAGCUUGGACGGAUGGACCAGCAUGUGUAGCACUAGAAGAGCACGUGGAUAAUGGAUGUUAGCUGAAGAUAUCAAAGUGUGGGGGAGGCGGGUUGGGCAUCAGUGGGACACUCUUUUGGUGGGCAUGCUGAUAGCAGUAUCGGUAGUGUGGGUGCUCCACAUAUCAUGUCUCUUGAUUGUGGAUGCACCGCCGAGAGUUACCAGCCAUAAAUCCUCAGGGCGCAAUCAGAUCCCCUAAAGCUGCACGCAUAACGGAACAUGCUGAUCGGCCUCAUAGGGCUCAAGAUAGAAGACUGUAGUACAUGCUAGCAUUCUAUGGAAAAUCGGCA